AGCGGACUUUCAGUUUCUAUCCAGCAGCCGUCGCGUUCGGUUUGCGCAAGCUGUUCUCCCGAAAACAAAAGGUUCGUCGACAAACUGUGCGCCCAACUCCUUCGUCCCUUCGAGCGCAAAGUGUAAAAUUUCGUCCAUUCCAUCGCGGUUCCUUUACCUUCGGGUGGGCAUUGCUUAGGGCGAUAGUAGAACUUCCAUUAAAUGCGGCUAAACUGUAUCGAAUCUGAAUGAACGCCACCUUGGACGAAAUUGGUUGGAUGUGUUCAGUGAUUUGAAAUUUGAUUGAUGUUUUCGGUGAUUUUUUUGUGUGAAUACCUUCUUCGGGUGUUUUAGUGUUUUUGCGGACAUUAAUUUACUAUUAAGUGUGAUUUAGUUGGGCUCUUUUUAUAUUGUGCUAGCAAGGUUAAACAGAUUGAUUUGUGCUCGGUGCGAAGUGAUUGAAUAAUUGUAACGAUCGUUUUUUUUUUCUUCUUUGCUUAAUUUCUUCACUACUCCGUGUGUUUGUAGAUCAAUUGUGAUGCUAAUGUCAUUGUGUUGCCCAAAAGCAACUUUCAAAUAGGUCAGCCUUUUGAGGAUAAUUACAGAGUAAAAGCAUUAAGUGAAGGUUUGUUUUUUUUUCUCGUGUGUGUCCAUCCUCCUUAACAGCCUUCGUUUUGGGUGCUUUAAGUGAAGCCAACAAGUAGAGUAGCAGUAAAACACAUACACAAGAAGAAGAAAAAACAGCCCCAACGCGUAGUGUUAUUUGCAAAAUCUUUACUGAACAGGCUUUGCGAAAAACAUUAUUGUACCCACCAUUUUGCUGGUCAUCGUUGCCGUAACGACAUUUUAUCGUACCAUCUCCCGUAAGGAACUCGGAUACAACCGUUGUAUCCAGGCGCAUGCACAUGCAGUACGCGUGUUAGGACAAACGCCACGCCAUCCUUCACAUACGGAUCUCGGUAGCGAUUACAACGGAUAUAACACAGGAAAAAUGGAAGGUCGAGAUAAUAAUGGCUUCAUCGGUGAUAAUAGCCCCUCUAUAGUGGGUCAGUUCCGUUGGAAUGCUCCACCUGCGAAUGGAGUUCAUGUCCCCGGUACGCAGGGUGUGGCUCUUACCGAUGUGGAACUGGCAGGAGGUAAAACCGUCCACAGGACAACGGCAUCGGAAAACGUUUCGCGAAAUGGAACCGGUACCGCUGUGCCCGUCCAACCCAGUGCCGAUCGAGACCAGUGGGGUAAGGGUAUAGAGUUCCUGAUGUCCUGUAUCGCCAUGUCGGUUGGUCUCGGCAAUGUGUGGCGAUUUCCGUUCGUGGCACUGGAGAAUGGUGGCGGUGCAUUUGUGAUACCGUACAUCAUUGUGCUGCUACUCGUUGGCAAACCGGUCUACUACAUGGAGAUGAUCAUUGGGCAGUUCUCUAGCCGGGGAAGCGUUAAGGUGUACGAUAUGGCCCCGAUCAUGCGAGGUGUUGGCUAUGGGCAGCUGUUCUCGGUGGCUACACUAAUAACGUAUUACUCUUCGCUCAUGGCGCUAAUUGCACGGUAUAUGAUAGACUCGUUUAUGAAUCCUCUGCCUUGGGCCAAGUGUCGCCAGGAAUGGUUACCGAACUGCAUUGAUUCGGAAGCCAAGGCGAUGGGAUCGGCUUCGUACAGUGUCAACGGCACAGGUCUCUCGAUGGCCAGUAGUUCGGAGUUGUACUUUACUAAGGUAGUGUUGAAGGAACUGGACGGAAUUGACGAUGGUAUUGGACUGCCGGAUCUAAGAUUGACCCUAUUCCUGGUUCUGUCAUGGUCGCUGGUGUUUCUGACCCUGAUCAAAGGUGUGAAAAGUUCUGGAAAAGCUUCCUACUUCCUGGCGCUCUUCCCAUACGUUGUUAUGACCGUUCUUCUGGUUCGCGCCUGCACACUCCCAGGAGCUGUGGACGGUAUCGUGUACUUCCUUAAACCACAGUGGGACAAAAUCUACGACCCCAAGGUAUGGUACGCAGCAGUGACGCAGUGUUUCUUCUCGCUUUCGAUCUGUUUCGGCAACAUCAUUAUGUACUCGUCUUACAAUAAAUUCCGGCACAAUGUAUAUCGCGACGCCACGAUCGUCACAUCGAUCGAUACCUUUACCUCGCUGCUGGCCGGUUGCACUAUUUUUGGCAUUCUCGGCCAUUUGGCACACGUUACCGGUAAAACGGAUGUUGGCAAUGUUGUCAAAUCGGAUGCAGGUUUGGCGUUCAUUUCCUACCCGGAGGCAAUUGCUAAGUUUGAGGUAUUGCCACAAGCAUUUUCGGUACUCUUCUUUCUGAUGCUGUUCGUGCUCGGUAUUGGUAGUAAUGUCGCGAUGACAUCGUGCGUUAUGACGGUUAUUAAGGAUCAGUUCCCCAAGGUACGCAACUGGCAAGCGGCAACGAUUAUCGCUAUCUGCGGUGUGCUGCUCGGAAGCAUUUACGUUACUCCGGGUGGCCAGUACGUGCUGAAGUUGGUUGAUUAUUAUGGUGCUUCGUCGAUCGCUUUGGUACUCGCGAUUGCUGAACUGAUUGCAAUCGGCUGGGUUUACGGUGUAGACCGGUUGUGUAAGGAUACGGAAUUCAUGCUGGGACAUCGGCCAAAUCUUUACUGGAGGCUUUGCUGGCGCUGGAUCACACCGCUUCUCAUGUUUGUGAUUCUUAUCUACAACCUUGUCACGCUGGAACCGCUAAUGUACAAGCAGUACGUUUAUCCGACGAUCGCAUACGACAUUGGUUGGUGCAUUUUCGCAUUCGGACUGCUGCAGCUUCCAAUUUGGGGUGCUUAUGCCGUCUAUAAGCAGAGUGGGAAAACGCUCAACGAGAAAAUAAAGAACUCCUUCAAACCUACGCCUGCUUGGGGACCGCUCGAUCCUGCGACACAUUACGAAUACAAGAAGUUCAUCGACGAGGACUGAUCCGCUAGCCUAGCGAUCGAUGAGCAAAUGGUAGCUAACAAUUACACAGUAUUGCUAGUAUUUUAACUAGAAUCGGACUAUCCGAUCGACGAUGUUUCGUUCAGCGAAACGCAACGGUGUUACUGUUAUGUGAUACAUAUUCUUUAGUAUUGGUUGUAAUUUAUUGUACACACAAGAUAGAAUAAAAUAAAAGCCAAUCCGCCACCGAUCGGGCACACCGACGACCGCCGUCAGGUGUUGUAAAAUGCCAUGGUUAAA